AUUUGAUUAGUGCGCAGGCGUGGGGAAGCGGGCCAGCCGUUGUUUCCGGUGGCGGGUCCCCGUAUGUGAAGCGCCCUCACGCCCCCCCCCGCCUCCGUUCUCCGCCCCUCUCCUCGAUCCCCGCCUGCACCAAGCUCCGGCCGCCCGUGGCGGAAAUGGUGGAUGGAGCGAGUGAGCCGCCGCACACUUUACAGCAGGACGCGACGAGAGCGUUAGCGGCCGGCCGCCGACUCCGGCUCCCCACAAGUUCCCCGGCGGCAGGACGCCGACUCUCUACAUGGCGGCCCAGCAAUUGCGCGGCACCGAGGUUUACUGCGACGCCAGCGGGGACUGCAACCAUGUCUCUGUCAAGAUCAAGAGCCGCAGCGGGAGUCAGCGGGAGCAGCAGGCGGCGGCGUCCGCUGCCUCUCCGCACCAAGGCCCCGGGCCCACAAAGUACAGCAUUUCGUCUAGUUGCAGCUCGGGCGAGUCGGUGAGGCCGGCGGCCCGCUGCCCCCGCCGCCGCCGCAAGUUCCCGCAGCUCUUCGAGCGGGCGUCGGGCAAGUGGUGGGACCCCGCCUUCGACUCCCGCAAGCUGGAGGACGCAUGUCUGGAGCGCUGCUUCCCGCAGACCCAGCGCCGCUUCAGGUACGCGCUACUCUACCUCAUGGUGGCCGCCUUGCUCUGGGCCAUCUACUUCGGCUGCGUCCUAGAGAAGGCAGCCCGAGGCCUGGCCGCCGCUUUCCUGGCGCCCACACUACUCUUCAUGUUGUGUUGUGCCGGCUUGCUGGCGGUCACCUUCAGCGGCCUUUACACGCGCCACUAUAUCCGCAUCUCACUGCUCUUCACACUACUAGUCUUCGCCCUGUCGCUCGCCACCCGCUUCCCAGGCGGGGGCUUGGGCUCGGGCGGUUGCGGCUGGAAUGAGAACCGGACUCGGGCUCCCUGCUGGACUCACUUGUCGCCUGUGGGGAGUUUCUCCAUCUCGGUGGAAAUGUUGCUUCUGUUGUACACCGUCAUGCCGCUGCCCCUCUACCUCUGUUUUCUCUUCGGCGUCUCCUAUUCGCUGCUCUUCGAACUGUUAGGUUAUCACCUGGGCAGCGCCGAGUGGCUACGGGUCCCGGGUUCCCAGCACCUGGUGCUCGAGGCCCUGGCUAAGUUCUUCCUACACGCUUGUGUGCAUGCUGUGGGCAUCCACCUGUUCACUAUGUCGCAGGUACGCUCCCGCACCACCUUCCUCAAGGUGGGCCAGUCCAUCAUGCACGGCAAGGACCUGGAGGUGGAGAAAGCCCUGAAGGAGCGCAUGAUUCACUCGGUGAUGCCCAGGAUGGUGGCAGACGAAUUGAUGAAACAGGGGGACGACGAGAGCGAUAACUCCUUCAAACGUUACUCAACAUCCAGCCCGAAGAGCAAGAAGAAAAAGACCUCCAUCCAAAGGGCACACCUCAUCUUCAGGCCUUUCACAAUGCAGCGCAUGGAGCCCGUUAGCAUACUCUUCGCCGAUAUUGUGGGUUUCACAAAGAUGAGCGCCAAUAAAUCGGCUCACCUGCUUGUCGGCCUCCUCAACGACCUGUUCGGACGUUUUGACCGCCUCUGCGAAGGCACGGGAUGCGAAAAGAUUAGUACCCUGGGAGACUGCUAUUAUUGCGUGGCCGGGUGCCCCGAACCCCGCACUGACCAUGCGUACUAUUGCAUUGAGAUGGGGUUGGGGAUGAUCCAAGCCAUCGAGCAAUUCUGCCAAGAGAAAAGGGAGAUGGUCAACAUGAGGGUCGGAGUGCACACGGGAACCGUUCUCUGUGGCAUUUUGGGAAUGAAACGCUUCAAGUUUGACGUUUGGUCUAAUGACGUGAAUUUGGCCAACCUGAUGGAACAGCUUGGGGUGGCUGGUAAGGUCCAUCUUUCAGAGAUUACAGCCAAGUACUUGGACGAACGUUAUCUGAAAGAAGAUGGAAAAGUGAUGGAAAGGGUUGGCUCCCAAAGUGUGGUGGCAGAUCAACUGAAAGGAUUGCAGACUUUCCUCAUUUCUGGAAGAAAGUUGGCCCAUUCUGUGUGUACCUGCACCCAACCGCUGGUACCUUGCCUUGCCAUGGGAGACUCCAGUUCCUUUGCAGUUCCCAAUCAACUCCAAGAUAUCACAAGUGAAGUUGCUGCUGAAGGGAUGCCACCUAGCAGCAUGGUGGGCAAAGCUAAGGUACCAUCAUCAGGACGAAGUCUAAAGGCCCAAAAUGGCCUGUUGAGUCCCCCUGAGGAAGAAAAGCUAAACAACAGCCAGACAUCACUGUUUGAGAUGCUACAAAGCGACAGGCAGCUAGAUGGACUGCUUCCACUACGCUCCAAGCAGAUCCGCGAAAAAACAGAUGCUCAGUUUGUCAGUGUCAUUAAAGAAGAUAGACUUAUGGAUGAAUACUUCUCCAAACCUCCCAUUAACAAAUUCAGCUUGAAUUUCUUGGAUUCAAGCCUGGAAAAAGCCUAUAGAGGCAGCUAUCAAGAUGAGGUUGUGAACAAUGCAUCAGAGAAGACGUUUGCCAGUGCCACUUUCAGUUCACUCCUUGAUGUCAUUCUCUCCACCAUAGUCUUCCUCUUUCUCUCCAUCACAUGUUUCAUGAAGCAGGGACUGUGUACAUCACCUUCGCAUGCCUCUGUUGUGGUUUUUGUCCUUGCGAUCCUGCUUCAAGUGCUUUCCUUGGUUAUCUCCAUCAGAAUGGCGUUUUACCUGGAUGAGGUGAUGCCAUGUACCAAAAGACCGAUGAGGGCAAUCUCAGGCUGGCUGCCUCGUCAUUUUGUUGGAGCCAUUCUCAUCUCUCUCCCUGCAGUUGCUGUGUUUUCCCAUUUCACUUGUGAAUUUAAAACCAAUGUAAAUGUUACCAUGUUCUUCUGUUGUGCAAUGAUCAUCACUUUCAUUCACUACUGUAACUUUUGUCAAUUGAGCUCCUGGAUGAGGUUUUCUUUGGCUACCAUUGUUGGUGUGUUGCUUCUAAUUCUACUCUACGUCACGCUAUGUCCUUCAAUCUCGCCUGAAGUCCAAUUUGACUCUCUUGAAUCAUUCGGAGAAGUGGGCUGCAAUGUCUCAAUGUCUACUUGGAGUUCAAAGAAUCUAGAACUGAUCCGAAAGGAAGUGAUUCUGGAUAUCGUCCUGUUGCUUUUGCUGGUCUGGUUCCUGAACCGGGAAUUUGAGGUCAGCUAUCGUCUGAAUUACCAUGGUAAUGUGGAGGCAGACCUUCAUCGCCACAAGAUACAGAGCAUGAAAGACCAGGCUGACUGGCUGCUUCAUAACAUCAUCCCUGCGCAUGUGGCUGAUCAACUCAAGGUCACUCCCCAUUACUCCAAAAACCAUGAAGAUGUGGGUGUUAUUUUUGCCAGCAUUGUUAAUUUCAGUGAGUUUUAUGAAGAGAAUUAUGAAGGGGGCAAGGAAUGCUACCGAGUGUUGAAUGAAUUGAUUGGAGAUUUUGAUGAAUUAUUGGGAAAGCCUCAAUACAACAGCAAUAUUGAAAAAAUUAAAACCAUUGGAGCUACCUACAUGGCAGCUUCUGGAUUAAAUCCAUCGCAGCGACGUGAUAGCAACCAUCCACACAGUCAUUUGCAGACUCUUUUUGAGUUUGCCAAAGAAAUGAUGAGGGUCGUGGAUGAGUUCAACAAAGAUAUGCUGUGGUUCAACUUUAAACUACGGAUUGGUUUCAAUCACGGACCCCUCACUGCAGGAGUUAUCGGCACGACAAAGCUUCUGUAUGACAUAUGGGGUGACACAGUGAACAUUGCUAGUAGGAUGGACACUACAGGAGUGGAAUGUAGGAUCCAGGUGAGUGAGGAGAGUUAUCGAAUAUUAAGCGAAAUGGGCUAUGACUUUGAUUAUCGGGGGACAGUGAAUGUCAAGGGCAAAGGUCAAAUGAAGACAUACUUGUACCCUAAAAGCACAAACAGUGGGAUCAUCCCAUCGCAUCAGCAUUCGGUGUCACCAGACAUCCGAGUGCAAGUGGACGGAAGCAUUGGGCGCUCUCCCACGGAUGAACUUGCUGGCCUUGUGCCUUCUGUGCAAAUCAUGGACAAAUCUGCUCAAUGCUCGGACAACUCUGAGGAUAAAGACUUGCUUUGUGCUCUACAGAAGGUAAAGACGAAGCAGGUAGAAGAGGCAUGCAGCAAAAUGGGUGACGAGGAUCCAGAGGAGAUGGAUGAACUGACAAAACUACAAAUUUCUACUUGUCUAUGAUGCAUCUUGUCAUAUCACAAAUCAGCCUCGUCGGUAGGAACCAGUUCACGUUGGUAGUGUCUGUGCGUGAAGUGAUUAUUCCUGGUUUUUAAUAUUUUCAUUUUAUAUCCUGAUUUCUGUGUUGAUCACAGUAACGCAGGAGGCAGCUCCAUUGCUAAUGUCUAUGCUGUUUAUGGAUAUCAAGUGCCUUUUGGGGAGGGGGGGAACUGAGGCCUAUGGAAAGAGGCUGCAGAAAGCAUGACUUAGAACCCUGCACAAUGCUUUGGUUAUAAUCUUCCAGUCUCUUUCCACACAUCAACCCAUCUCCCACCCAAAUGUCUCAUUCGGUUGGCUUGGUUUGCUGCUUCAUCUUUUCAUUCCUGUAGUCGUGUCACAUUUAUUCUGAGCCUCUGGGGAAUACUAAUGAUGAAUGCCAGCAGUGCACCAAGGGAUAUGAGGCAAAAGAAUCUGGUCAUGUGAAGCAUUAACAAACUUCAAAUCAGUCCUCACUUGCUGGUACUCCAAAGGGUCUGGAAAUUAAUAAGCUAUUUCAAACUUCGAGGCAAUGUUUUUCAUUUACCAUGCCCUCAUUGAAAACAGGCUAUUAACUAACUUUCUGAUAGUCACCCUUGUUUCCAGGGUAGGGAUAAUGCCUAAAAAGAAUUGGGUAAGUAGAAGUCUUAAGCCCAGGGUUGUUCAGAUCUGCAUGAAAAUAUGGCAGAUUAUGUAAAUCCAGUUUAUAAUACUAGAGGCUUGUUUUCAUUGUUUCCAAAGAAAUGUUCUCAUUAAAACACUCACAAUUCUUGAUUCCUUUAUCUGCCUUCAGUUCUGAAAAUCAGCCUUAUUUCAGGUUGGAGAUGAUAGGAGUUGCAAGUAUGAUAUGAGAUAGGACCAGUAACUGAACCAGCGGAGACUCUGUUCCCGGAUAUCUAUGGUCGUGGGUCUAUCUAUACUGUUCACCAGUUAAGCAGAUUGCUGCAGUAACAUGGCAUCUUCCAAUCUUCAGAUAAAAUUCCUGAACUAAGCAAUCUUCUAUCCCAAGGCUGUGAGGGUGAAACAUUCCCAGGAGUAGUGCUGUUUAAUAUAAUUGAAAUUGUCUGAAAUAUUCAGCAGGUCAGGCAGCAUCUGUAGAAAAAGUAACAAUGUUUUGGCUUGAAGACCCUUCGCCACCUUGAAAUUUUAUUUUUGUUAUUUUCACAGAUGCUAACUGAAUUGACCAUUUCUAGCUGUUUUGAUUGCAAAUUUUCAGCAUCUGCCGUGUUUUGAUUUUCAUUCAAGUUGUCUGCCCUUCCGAUCUUGUAUGGGAAACCUAUUGGUAGGGAAUUGAGGAUGGAAGUGAUAAUUUUCACAGUAAAAAUAAUGUAUUCAAAACUGGAAGACAAAAAUUAGCAUUUAAUGCUGUGUCAAUUUUUCAUUAUUAAAUGGUAUUGCUUAGCAGAAAUUGAUAACACCUCCCCGUCCUAAAUCGAAAGCUAGGACUGAAUGCAAAUUUUAUGCCAUUUCAUAAGAUCUGCAAAAUUGCCUGGAUCAGAAUAGAAUCGUCAAUUCAAUCUUUCCCCAACUAUUUUUCACUGCCAGCACUUCCUCUCUCAUUCCCACCACAAUUUUGACAUGUAUUUUUUUUAAGUGCUGAUUGUUUGUGUUCUUGAGUUGUGUUUUAAAACCCAGCAAUGAAAAUGUGUGGAAUAUAUUGGGAAAUGUAAGCCCUUCCUAAUGUUAUGUUGGAGGCCCCACUUGCCGCUGAUCGUGAGAUUCCUUAUAAAUUACUGACGACGCAUUCGCAUCUUUCAAACUUUGGAGUUAAUUUAAUUUAGGUAUUCCAAUCAAAUGAAUAUUGGGUUUGUUUUAACCCCCUGCGUACUUGGCAAACUACUCAAACCGAACACUAACAUCUGUUGAAAUUUACCUUGACCUGACUCUCUCUUCCCAAACUGGUUGAAGUGGAUAAUUAUUUCCUUACAAAAUCUAAUUAAAGCUAGUGUGUCAAGCAAUAUAAGCAAUAAUAUUAGAUAUAAGAAUAACAAAAUAGCAUUGAACAUAUGAGUUGUUGAAAUGCACUGCACUCUAAAUCUACAAAUCAGAUUAUGGAUUCGGUAGUUAUUUCAAUUUAUUCAUUGCUCGACAUAAAUAGGUCUCGUUUGGGACAAGACUGACAAAGUUUUAUACAACUUUCUAAUGCAUUCAGAAUCCAAGCUCAUUGAAGAAAUGUCUGAAACUGCUCUAAGAACAAGGUGUUCACUGGGGCAGUUUUGGUGUUUAACCAGUAUCAAGAGAAAUGUGUUCUGCAACUGCACAACAAUAAAUUCAUACAGUUGAAAUAAGUUACGUAUACUUUACUUUAAUGCCUCAUCAGCAAGAGGUGUACACAAGAUAAACCUUAAUCAAAUUGGACACUAAAAUGAUAGGAUGAGAGAUGUAUUGACAUCCCCCUUUAACAGAAGGAUUGUUUUGUCUCUAAUCAAAUGAAAUAUUUUUAAAUUCACUCACUCCAAGCAGCUUUGGCUCCAUUCAACAGGCUGGUAUUUUGCAACCAAUUAUCUAUAGCUCUACUAUCACUAAGGCAACUUCUCUGCACAUAAAUCUUCAGAUUUAAUAAAGUAUAUUAUUUCAGUGCAUCCUUGCUGAUGUAUAUGCAUUAAAAUAAAAUUAUAAGCAGAUUAAGUGUUCCUAAUUUAUUUGCAACUAAAUGGCUGCUAUAUAAUUUGAUUCCUCUCGUAAUAUUCAAUGGAGGAAUUUAAAUUUGGAUGAAAGCACUUGAGUACUUCUGCUGCAAACAAAAUUCUUGAGGCUGGAGGCAAGUCUUCACCUGUAAGCCCAAGAAAGGAGCCUGUGACCUGGCCCUGUGGAGUGUAGGAUCUUCAAGCUGUAAGUUGAGUGAGCUUUGUCAUUGUACUCAAAGUUGAAAGAUUAUUUUCAAAUGACACUAGGAUAGUGUCCGUUACUGCCAAUUGUCCACUAUAACCGAGUACGGUAUUAUUGUAUGUAAUUGAAACAAAACUGCAGAUGGUUAAUACACAAAAGAGACAGUGCUGGAGUAACUCAGCGGGUCAGGCAGUACCUCUGGAGAACGUGGAGGGGUGACGCCGGGACCCUUCUUCAGACUGAUUCAGUCUACUAAGUUACUUCAGCACGUUGUGUCGUAUCGUCUUAAAACCAGGCGGCGAUGCCGCUGGUCUCCCCCCGCGAGCCCUUCACCAGUUACCGCACAGUCCGAUUGAUGCGGCUCACAUUAUAGCCCCUGUCUGGAAUCUCGCUCUUCAUGCCGCUGCCAAUGACAAGACGAGCUUGGUCACCAUGGGGCUCCCUUCUCUCACCAGCUGCCACUUUGCCCGCUCCACCCUCCCGUCGUUUUGACCAGUCUGUCACUCCCUUCUCCACCACCUCCUUCUCCCCCACAGGUGCUGACAUCGUCCAAGGCAACGUACGUAACCGACCCCGGGUGAUAGAUGGGGGAGAGGAUGAUUGGAAAGAGUGACGGGAGGAUGACACAGCAGCGGUGGAGCGGGGAGCAGACUAAGCGACUGCCAUCUGGAAGAAGCAGCCGCUGGUGAGGGGAGGGAACCCCACAGUGACCGAAUGCGGCCUGUCGGUGGUGGUGAUCUGAAGAAAGCCAUGUCCCCAGGGGCUACAACAUGAGCCAUGUCAAUCAGACCUUACAGGUCAGAUCAAGGGCUUGCUCGUACACCUUGCAAGCCAGUGCUGGUGACGGAAGCCAGGGCUGUAAGUGGCUGGGGAGACGGUGAGAGCUGGGAAUGGCACCGGCCGGUCCAUCCACUUUAACCAAAAUCCGUUAUAUAAGGGUCCGUUAAAACGAGGGUUUACUGUACUUUAAAAUUGCUCUCACUUUAAAGACUGAUUAUUUCAAAUUAGAAAACAAGAUCAUGGUUAAAAACAGACUUUCCAUCGCUAAACGGUGAAAACACCCCCAUGGCCCCACUGCUAAGGUUAGUUUUCUGAUAUUUAAUUUCAAUUGCCACUUUUUUAAGUACUAUAGUGUUUCUUAAAUGGAGUUUGUUUAAAUUAUUUCUAAUGACUGCAGCUGCAAAGUCCUCUGCACCAAAGUAAAUUCUGCAGCACAGUUGAAUAGGAGUUGGCCAAGCUCAACAAUUUCCUCUGAACAUCGUGAUAUGAUGACCUUACAGGAAUAGAAAGGGUGGGGUGGGUGGGGGGAGGGUACUGUUGUGGUCCUGUCUUGGGUCAUCGGUGCUGUCUUGGAGUCACCUAAGCAUUUUGUAUUUGCUUUCGAGGCCAAUUUUAUAUUGGACCUCUAUAAUAUACAGAUGAUGAGUAUUUAUCUUGAAACUACUGCAAAUUCAUCAGAUGUUUUAAAAGUCUCUCACAGUGGAACCUUUCUAAAAUAAAGUGACUGACUUAAUUUAGGGAGCUGCUGUUCCACUUUUGUUCCCAAUUCUCCAGAACCACUGACUGUUUGCCCAAUGGAGAGAAUUGGCCAUCAUGGUGGGAAGACCUGUUGCCAUGUGCUGACAUGCCCUGUCACCUCCAUAGCCACAUGAUUGACAGCAGAGUUGGGGUGGGUGGGUUGGUGAUGGGUGAUCCGGUCUUGGGGCUGUUAUGUAUGCAGUCCUAUGGGCACUCAUUAAUUAUCCCUAUUGUACUAGGAGUUGUUGGUUUUACUUCUACCCCGCAAAACAUGUUUAUUGAACCACACUUGUCCACUUUGGUCACACACUGCCUCAAGAAAGACAUCACUAAGAAACCUUGUUUAUGAAAAUACAUAGCCAUGACUGAUCCCAAGGCGGGUCUGGGAGCACCAGACCAGUUGAAGCACAGUUGCUGUGACCCAUUAGCUGCUGCUGAAUAUAGUCUCAAUAAAUGGCAGUAAUGAAGGAGCAGAUCUCUGAACAACACUACAUUGUAACUGAGUUUGGUCUGAAGGGAUUGUGGGUCUCACACUCGUGGAAUGUUGUAUACUGCUCUGCAGUUGGUCUGGUUGUAAAUACAAUGCCUAUGCUUUGACAGACAAUGUAUGUGAAAUAUUAAGCUAUAUGUAUAUAGAUAAACAAUAUAUCUGAAUUAUUACUACCAAUCUGUAAUCAAUUGUAUAUUAAAUUCAAUUUACUGCGAAUAACAAUGACUUCACUGUAAAUGUUCACCGUACAUCUGCCAAUUGGAAUACAGUAUUCAUAAUAAAGUUUUACAUGAAUGGUG